GAGGAAAAACUAGGCAGGGAAGCAAAGACUAGGGAAGCCGCUCUUUGUGGGAUCCUGAAGUCGCAGGUCAUCUUUCCAGUGGGAACAUGGACGAAACAGAAGUGGACAUUGAUACCCUUAUCGACGAGAUGGAUUAUAUUCCUGGUCACUUUCACUUAGACAUGAACUUGAACUUUGAGUCCUCUUCCCCAAUGAUUUUCGAAGGGAGAGACUUGAAGCUGAAGCGAGAAAGCCUAUCCUAUGAGUUAGAGUUUGAAAUGGGCUCACAGCACUAUGCUAUCCGAAACCUCCUCGGGGUCUUCUCUUUCCACCUGGAGGAGGUGGAGCAAGCCAAGGAGAUCUUCCUUCACAUCUCUCAGGAGGACCCUGAGAAUCUGAACGUUUGGGCCAACCUGGCCUAUGUUUAUGACAAGCUGAAUGACGAACAAGAAGCGGCUAAGUGCACCAAAGGUCUUGCCCGCUUAAUGGGCUUGGAUUCGGAAGGCCCAGCCCAAGGGGAACCCCAAUUCCGGGCAGCCCGUUGCUUGGCUGAGCAGGGCUAUGCUUAUGCCUUUGACGUUGGGCUGGUGAAAGAAGAAGAGAAGAUGGAGAAACUGACUGCAGGCCUCACUCUUUACGGCAAGGCCCUGGCUUAUGGGAAGCAGAUCCCUUUGGAGGAGAGAAGAAGCUGGUACUUCUCUAUGGCUACACUGCACAUCAGAUUGGAUGGGAUGUGGAUGAACAAAGGCAAUGAUGAGGGGAAAAGGUUGCCGGCCUUCAACAGAACCCUGGUGUUGCUUCAACAAGUGCUGAAGUCCUCUAAUCUACAUCACAGGGCCUUGGCCUGGUGCUACCUUGGGAUAUUGCUAGAAAGGAAAGAAUCGUUCUCAGUGACCCCCGUAGGUAUUCAUGACUGUGGCUACUCUGGGACUGAUCCCCUUGACUGCUUUGGAAAGGCAAUAGAAAUAGCUAAAGACAGUCCAGCUGUCCUAAACCGCCUGGCAAAAAUCUUCCAUUUCCUUGGGAAGCAAGAGAUGGCGAUAGCCGUCUGCAACAUGGCCUUAGAUGUGCUGCCGGACCCAGUGCUGAACUGGCAGGCCUACUGCAUGCGCGCCAAGAUGCUCAUUAAACUGUAUUUGCGUGACUUGGAACGUGUGAAGAUGGGCUUGGGAGGAAUGCCAGACCAGAGAAACCUCUGGAAUGCCAAAACCGAUCUUGAGAAUGUAAUGAAGGUACAUCCAUGCCUGAAGACUUACCUUGAUCUAGGCCAGGUAUAUUAUUACAUGGGAGUGGAUGCCAUGCAGGAACUUCUCCUUGUGGAUGAAAAUGCCCUGAACAAUGCCCUCAUGUUCUUUGCUAAAGCCAUGGAAUUUGACCUGGGGAAUGUCUUACCUGAAAUCCAGCUGCUGACAGGGAAAUGCCUCCGGUUAAAAAACGAAGAGUUGAAGGCCAUCGAAUGCUUCAAGCAGGCCAUAGAAUUGGAUGAUGUGGGUUCAGUGGACACCGAGAGUUUCCGGUGCUUGAUGGAAAUGCUGCUUACCUUGUUUGGUCAGAAGAAGAUGAAUACAGAGAUGCUGGUGAAGGAAGUCGAGUUGUGGGUGAAGAAGGCCGAGGAGAAAUAUCCAAAGCAGCGGGUGCGACAGGAGCUUAGGCUGGUCUGUCGGCAUCACACAGCUGAGGUGCUUGAACUCUCUAAAGCUAUGGUGGCCAAAGGGAAGACCAGACUGGUGAAACUGCUCCUUGAAACCAUGAAUUGUGACUUUAAGAAAGCCAAACUGAACGAACGCUCCUCCUCCUUUUGAAGAGCUGUUUUUUCCGAGCCACACCGCAAAAUGACAUUUUUCGUCAACCUGGUACCUUACAGCAAUUCAGUUCUUCUCAUUGUUUGAGCAAAGUGACUGUUUUCAUAAAGAAGUAUGUCAUGAAAUGUGAUACUUUCUAGAGUAG